AUGGAUAAAAAACGAAAGAUAAGGUUAAAAACGUUCUCUGGAAUUACACCUAUAAAUAAUUUAAGCACCAUUAAACCUAAAAAGAAAUGUUUAAUACCUAACGAUACAAGCUCAUCAACACAUCACACUUUGGAUAGAUACGCUAAAGCAAGAAAAGAACUAUCCUUGGUAAGCAAAGGCGGCAUUAUAGAACACGAUGAAGAUGAAGAUAUAAUGAUUUCUUAUGAUCAACAGAAAUCGCCCAAAAAAAAGGACCUUUAUCUGGAACCAUCCACUUCUGAACUAGCUGAUGACAAUACGAAUGAUGCUAUUGACGAUACUACUAAUAAUACUGAUGCUAAUUCCAAUAGUAACGUUUUAAUCACAGAUCACAACGAUCUUAAUGCAUCCACUGCUAUCAAAAUAACAGAAGAUAACAGUUAUGAAAAAUUGAAGGAAGGUAAUUUUACUGUUACUUCACCACAAUCUUUCAAAAGAAGAAGGAAACAGAGUUCCAAUGAUAAUGAAUCUAAACUAAGUGUGUUUCCAAACGAUUCUAGACGUAUAGCCGACACUAAUCACAAUAUAAAUAGCACUACAGUACCUAUUUCUAACCCCAAUGAUACAGGUACUACCAAAGUAAUAAAUUUAACAACGGUAAUUGAUGAAUUACAAAUAUUUUAUUCUGCAUCAAGUGUUAAAUUGCACAAACAAAACGAUUCUCCAAUUAUUUUGGUAUUGAAAACAUUAUCCAAGGGGAAUACCUUUAUAUCGAUUCAGAAUGACUCGAUUUCUGUUUUGAAUGAUGAUAUUACUAAAACAACGGGGGAGCCUGUUACUUAUAACGAGGGCGACUAUAUAUUUAAAAAAGACGGAUUAUAUAUUGAUAUUAAAAGAGAUCUACAAGUGGCAUACUUUGAUCAGGAUUUUUCAUGUUGCGGACUAAUACUAACUCGUAAUAAAGAAAUAGAGAUAGAUGCUAUUAGUGACAAAAUUACUGGAAAGACUGUACGAUGCAAUCGGAUUCUUUUCAAAACAAUUCUUCAAACAGAAAAUAUUCAAAAAUUAAUGAAAACGAUAGAGUCCAACAAUAUUCAUACUAUUCAAAAAUUUGAUUAUGUUCUUAUAGACCAGAUUUUCUCAAAUCUAGCUCAAGAGGCAAAUAAUGACAGCAAUAAUAACCAUCUUAUUAACAGAAGGCUGAAGUUUUUAAGUAAACAGCAUAAUUCAUUGAUGAAAUCGAGUGGUAAUCUUUACCAUGUUCGAUCUGGAAGAGCCGAUAAGAAUCCAACUACUAACAGCAAUAAUAUCAAUACUACCGCUAGUGGGGUAACAAAGAUACAUGUACCGAAAACAUUAGAACCCUCUAGUUUUUAUGAUAACAAAGAGUCAUUAAAACCACCUACAGUAUCGCUUUCCUCACUCAAUCAUAACGCCGCCGCGACAAGAAGCUCAAUGCGUACAGAGUCACUAUUAAGUCAUUCACCGGUGGGAACAAGAAUAAGUUCCAGUAACACGACUCAAGGAAGAGCAAUAUCUCUGGACAAAGACACUAACGAAGUCAGAAAUAAACAUGGUAUAGAUGGAAUGUUUAAUAAUAAAAAUAAAAGCGCAGUAUCAAGGGAUAGGGAUUCAGAAAGAGAAACGCCUAUUAACUUUGGUAAAGAUUUAAAAUAUACAUUUUUUGAUGGUCAGACAAUGAGAGUGACUAACAAGGAUUUUCAGUGUCUAUUCAACAGUGACUGGCUCAAUGACUCAUUAACAGAUUUCUUUAUGAAAUAUUUUGUGGAGCAGAGUGUUAAAAACGAAUUUAUCGAUUUGAAAGAUGUUUAUGUAUUUUCCUCCUUUUUUUACACUAAAUUAUUGGCUUGUAAAAACGACUUUGAUGCUGUUAAUAAAUGGGUUAAUAAUAUAGAUUUAUCACAAAAAAAGUAUAUUUUACUACCUAUCAAUGUGAAUUGCCAUUGGUUUGGGUGUUUGGUUUACAAUUAUGCAAAAGUUAUUAGAAGUGCAACAGUAAAUAACUUAGAAGAGAAAGACAAUGGGAUUAGGCAGGAGAAUAAGAACACAAGCAGAGAAAUUAAUAAAGAUAUCAGUGGAAAUGACAUAGAUACUUGUGAAGAAAAAGGUGCACAACAAAAAAAUGCAAUACCAACAGAAGACACAAGGAGUCUUUCAAAUGGAAAUGGAAACAAUAAUAAAAGCCAAGAAAAAAUGGGGGAAGAGACGCCUGGGGGGCAAGAACAGCAAACUUUGAUUGUCAAUAAGGAUGGUACAACUGACACCAAUAUUACAGAUGAUACAGGGAAAGAAAAGGCCAAAUCCACUAUAGACGCGGAGGGUGAUUUACAUAUACUCAUUGCUUCUGAAAAGCCCGAAAAUGAUUCAACAAAACAGUUUCUCAGAACAUUGAGAGCCGCUACUAAGAAAGUAACAUUGAAAUCUAAACAAGACAAAAAGUCAAGCUUACCCAGUACAAGUGAUAUUGCUGAAAAAUUAAGGAUAUCAAAAUUACCCUUUGUUACUAUUAUUAUUUAUGACUCUUUAAGGCAACAUCAUUCUAAUGAUAUCGAGCCUGUAAAGCAGUUUUUAUUGCAAUAUGCAAGAUUUAAGUCGGGUGUUAUCUUGGAGAAGAGUCAAUUAAAAAUUAAUAAUUCUCAUGUGCCUGUUCAGCCAAACAUGAACGACUGUGGAGUUCAUUUGAUUAUGAACACAAAGGUUUUUUUAACUAAACCUGCAGAGACUUUACAACUAUGGUCUGAUACUAGAGCAAGGGGAAAUAUUAAUAGGUUAAAAAUAAGAGAAAAUAACUUAAGGAUAGAUAAUUAUUUUGGAAAGGAUGAAAGAAAAUAUAGUAGAAAAUUUUUAAGAGAUGAAUUGCUGAAAUUAAAGGAUUCUAAACAGGAGAGAAGUGACAAUGAAACUGAAUUAGACAGCAUUAAACGAGAAGAAGAAGAUGAAGAUGAUAUUGAAAUCAUUGAUCCAGCUGAACACAAAAAGGAACAGAUAUAUGGUACGGAGGAUAAAAAAAGUACAACGGAAGAUGAACAAGAAAAUAAAGAUAUAAUUACAAACAGCAGCCAAAUGCCUACUGAGCGAUAUAAUAAACAACAACUUUUAAGAGAAGGAGAACAGCAAAAUGAUAAUCGUAACAUUGAAGAAUCACUUAAGAAAAAUGAAAAUAAUAAUCAUUUGCCUCUUGUGGAUAGACAGCCGUCAACUAAUAAAGUGGAUGAUGACAAAGUUAGUAUCAGAGAUGCUACAGACUCCAAAGACUACCAUGAGCCAUUGUCCUUGGCUGACAGAAAUGUUUAUCCAGAUAUAAUAACUAUGGAACAUACAAAAUCAGAAGAUGCUCACAACAAAUAUUUGGAGGGAACAGGCACAGUGCACAUGGAUUCCCCCACAAAGGGGAUGAGAACGAAUUUAUUGAAAGAUAACAAAAAUGAGGAAAGACAUGUUUACGGAUUUUUAAAAGAUUUAGAUGCUGAAUUAAAGUCACCAGAAAAACCAAUAUCUAUUUUAAAUAAUCAAUCAACCAAAUCUAAAAUCUCAACAAACCCUAACAGUAUUGUUCGUUCUAAUAGAGUUGAAAAUAUAUUUUCAGUAAUUGAUAAUAGACACUCUGAAGAUGAUAAUAAGGCCCUUUAUAAAGAUGUGGAUACAAAUACUCUUAGUGGCAAGAAAGACAGUGAUAAUUAUGAACAUUACAGCUCAAAAAGAUUGCAAAAGAGGUUAGUACACUCAGAUAGGUUAGAAUAUUUUCAAUCAAACAGUAAUGAGUCGGGUUUAAAAACCAGAAGAUCUUUGAUUAGCUCCAUUAAUCUGGACGAUAUAAGCGACAAUGACUUCAGUACAAGUUUUGAUGAUGAACACGGGACAAACAAAGCCAAUGGUAAUUACGAAGAUAUUGAUAUGCGGAGCAAUAAUACUGGAAGCGAUGUGAAUGAGGAUGGCCUAAUGAUGAAUGGAAAUGAGUCUGUGAUUCAAAAACCGUUUGGUAAAAAGACAACAUCUACUAAUUCUCCGUACUUUAAUAAAUUUGAAGAUAUUUCCAAAUUUUCCAACUCUAUUGAUUAUGAUGACGAUCUGCAUACUGCAUCUGUAUCACCAAGUAUGUUUUCAACCUUGGUUAGAGGAUCUAAAAGUAAAAUUCGUGGAAAGGAAGCUUUUAAGGGUUAUUCAAAACAAAAUGUUAUUGAUAUUGAUGAUAAUAAUUUGAAAGGUAACAUAAAAAAUUUGUUAAAGAGAAAAAUGGAAUACUCAGAGGAUUCUACUGGAAAACUAAAUAUGGCUUCCAAAAAUGACAACAGCGAUAUAGAAUACUCCGAAAAAUUUACCCAUUUAAAUCUAAAACAUACUUAUAUUAAUGGUACAAAACAACCGGCAUCAUCCUCUUCAUCUUUGGAUAAAAGUUCUCUUGUGUCCGGAAGAACAGGUAAUUUUUACACUUCCAGAAGAAAGAAUGGCUUACAACGCUCAAGUAAAAUAAAUUUAAGACAGUAUGUGAGAACUCCACCAGAAAAUCCAAAUGGGGAAGAAAAAAAGGGACCUAUGUUUAGAAGUUCUUCUUCAACUUCCAGCCCCGAUAAUCUUAUUCAAGUAAGUGAUAAUGAAGAUGAUGUUCAGAUUAUCCAUUAG